GCUCGUUCUGUGCACGGUCCGUCGGUCCCGUAUGUGCGUGAUUCACCUGCUCAGACGCUCCUGAAGAUCCGCCGAAGUUUAACACGGGCCAGUCUGAAAGUGUUUUAUUCCCGUCUGGAUGAGUCAUUGUGUCUGUUCUGGACAUUUAAUCUUUAGCUAUUGCACAUGAUCACUGCUGGAAUGACACACUCUCUCUGAACAGUAGUAACUCAGGAACUGGUGAGACAGGUGCAGAAGAUCUUCAUGAUGGAUGAAAGUGCUGUGAAUGUGUCGAAUGUGAAAGUGGCGGUCCGGGUGCGACCCAUGAACAGGAGAGAACGAGACUUAAAGACAAAAUGUGUUGUGGACAUGGAAGGAAGCCAGACCAUCCUGUACCCGGCCAGUGGAAACCUGGGAAAGGGCGACAGCAGGAGCAAACAAAAGGUUUUCGCGUAUGAUUAUUGCUUCUGGUCUAUGGAUGAGGCGGAGGCGUCCAAAUUUGCAGGUCAGGACGUGGUGUUUCAGUGUCUUGGAGAGAGUCUUUUGGACAGCGCUUUCCAAGGAUACAAUGCCUGUAUAUUUGCAUAUGGGCAAACAGGCUCUGGAAAGUCGUACACGAUGAUGGGAACGGCGGAGCAGCCGGGUCUGAUCCCACGCCUGUGUAGUUCUCUGUUCCAGCGCACCGUACAGGUGCUGAGAGAGGGCGAGAGCUUCACCGUGGAGGUGUCCUACAUGGAGAUCUACAACGAGAAGGUGCGAGACCUUCUAGAUCCCAAAGGGAGCCGGCAGGCGUUGAGGGUCCGGGAGCAUAAGGUGUUGGGGCCGUAUGUAGACGGUCUGUCCCGCCUCGCUGUGACCAGCUACAAGGACAUCGAGUCUCUGAUGUCGGAGGGGAAUAAAUCCCGCACUGUGGCGGCGACGAACAUGAACGAGGAGAGCAGCCGCUCGCACGCCGUCUUCAACAUCAUUCUGACGCACACGCUCCGAGACCUGAAGACUGGGACGAGUGGAGAGAAGGUGAGUAAGCUCAGUCUGGUGGAUCUGGCCGGAAGUGAGAGAGCUGAUAAAACUGGAGCUGGAGGAGAACGUCUCAAAGAAGGAAGCAACAUUAACAGGUCCCUCACCACUCUUGGACUGGUGAUCUCGGCUUUGGCGGAGCAGGGUGCAGGAAAAAACAAGAGUAAAUUUGUUCCUUACAGAGACUCAGUGCUCACAUGGUUACUGAAGGACAGUUUAGGAGGAAACAGCCGCACAGCUAUGGUUGCAGCGGUGAGUCCAGCGGCCGACAACUACGACGAGACUCUGUCCACGCUUCGGUACGCAGACCGGGCCAAGAGCAUCGUUAAUCACGCCGUGGUUAAUGAAGAUCCUAACGCCAGAAUCAUCAGAGAGCUGAGAGAGGAGGUGGAGAAACUCCGCAGCCAGCUGACCGAGGCUGAGUCAAUGAAAGCUCCGGAGCUCAAAGAGAGACUGGAGGAGUCUGAGAAGCUGAUCCAGGAGAUGACCGUGAGCUGGGAGGAGAAACUCAGGAAGACUGAGGAGAUCGCGCAGGAGCGACAGAAGCAGCUGGAGAGUUUGGGAAUUUCUCUGCAGUCGUCUGGGAUCAGAGUCAUUGAUGAUAAAUGCUUCCUGGUCAACCUGAACGCUGACCCCGCCCUCAACGAGCUGCUCCUCUAUUACUUAAAGGAACACACUCGUGUGGGUUCUGCAGACUCUCAGGACAUUCAGUUGUGUGGUCUGGCAAUUCAACCGGAGCAUUGUGUUAUAGACAUCAACCUAGAGACGGGAGUCACGCUCACCCCGAAGAGAAACGCUCGCACAUUUGUGAACGGCACUGUGGUCUCGUCCCCCGUCCAGUUGCAUCAUGGGGAUCGAAUCCUCUGGGGAAACAACCACUUCUUCAGGCUCAGCGUGUCGAAUGUGUAUCGUGUUGGUGUUGAGGAUGAGGAGGGGUGUACGACAAAGGCUCUGGAUGUGGAUGUAGACCGUCUCAGUCACGCCUCCAGUGACAACAGCUUCAGUUUUGAGUCGGCACAGACAGAAGUCAUGAUGAAAGCGCUGGGAAACGACGAGCCGCUGCAGUCGAUGCUUUACUCUCUGGAGCGCAGGCAUGAGGAGGAGAAGCGCUCGGCUCUGGAGCGACAGCGGCUGAUGUACGAGCAGGAGCUGCAGCAGCUGCGCAGACGUCUGUCCACAGAGCUGCAGACGCAGCAACAGCAGCUCAACACCAGCCUGGGGUCGUCUCAGAGCCCACUGCGCCAGUCCACUGACGAGAGGGAAGCUUUGAUGAAUCAAAGCCUGCGCAAGCUGAAAGAGCAGAUCGUGAAGGCCAAUCUGCUGGUUCAGGAGGCUGGAUUCAUCGCUGAAGAGCUCAACAAGAAAACCGAAUAUAAAGUCACACUCCAGAUCCCGGCUGCAAACCUCAACGCCAACCGCAAGCGGGACACGGUUCUGAGCGAGCCCGCCGUGGAGGUCCGGAGGAAGGGCAAAGGGAAGCAGAUCUGGUCCAUGGAGAAGAUGGAGAACCGGCUGGUGGACAUGAGAGAGCUCUACCAGGAGUGGAAAGACUACGACGAGGACGAUCCUGCCAUGCGUUCGUACUUCAAGCGUGCCGAUCCGUUCUUCGACGAGCAGGAGAACCACAGUCUGAUCGGUGUGGCAAACGUCUUCCUGUCCUGUCUGCUGUAUGACGUCAAGCUGCAGUACACGGUGCCCAUCAUCAACCAGAAGGGAGAGGUGGCGGGUCGUCUUCACGUAGAAGUGGAGCGUCUGAGUGGAGACCUGGAAGAGCGUGAGACGGGGGGCUCUGAGAGCAGUCCAGACGGAGAGAUGCAAGAUCGCAAACUCACCUGCAUGAUCAAGGUGUUGCAGGCGACUGGAUUGCCUCAGCACCUCUCAAACUUCGUUUUCUGUCAGUAUCAUUUCUGGGAGCAGCAGGAGCCGGUGUUUAUCGCUCCAGAAGUGGGUCUGACGGCCCCCAGCAGCAGACAGCCGCAGACUCUGGUGCUGUUUGACAAAUGCAAGACUCUAGAAGUGACCGUGACUGAAGACUUUCUGGAGUUUCUGAUGGACGGUGCAUUGGCUGUUGAGGUUUAUGGUCACAAACAGGCAAAUCCACGCAGGAAUCUGGCUCUCUGGGACCUGGGGGUGAUUCAGGCAAAGACUCGCUCUCUCAGAGAGAGGUGGAGUGAAGUGACGCGCAGGCUGGAGCUCUGGGUUCAGAUCCUGGAGCUGAAUGAUGCUGGAGAGUUCGUGCCGGUGGAGGUUCAGCCAGCUAAAGACGUCAGCACAGGAGGAAUCUUUCAGCUCAGACAGGGACAGUCCAGGCGUGUUCAGGUGGAGGUUCGUUCGGUCCAGGACUCCGGCACCAUGCCUCUGAUAACGGAGUCUGUGCUCAACGUCUCCAUCGGAAAUGUGGAGGUCCAUCAGACUCGAUCUGGCAAAAGCACAGAGACCCAGAGGGUGGGAGAUAAAGAUGUGGACAGUUAUCAGGAGGUUGAUCUGGAAAGACUGAGGGUCCGGUGGCUCACGGCUCUAACUGGACGACAGGAAUAUCUGGACCAACGUCUCCAGAAACUUGUCGGCAAGCAAGAUAAGUCCGAAGAGGAUGUGGAGAGCGAGUCGCAGCUGCUGGAGUGUCGUCUGACGCUGACGGAGGAGAGAAACGCUGUGCUGGUGCCCUCUGCUGGCAGCGCUAUCCCAGGAGCCCCAGCGGAGUGGGCUCCUGUUCCAGGAAUGGAGACCCACAUCCCGGUCAUCUUCCUGGACCUCAGCGCUGAUGAUUUCUAUGAUCAUCUGUCCGCUCCUCUCGCUGGAGGUCUGGAUGCUGCGCUCGACAGAGAAGAUAAAGAUGAUUUCAUGGACUUACAGAUCGUCAAACACUAUGAGAAUCAGGUGAAGGCAGAGGCAUCAUGGGACUGCACCGUUCACGACAGCCCUGAGCUGAAUCGAGCGACGGGGCCGGAUCACAGGAUUUACCUCACCGUCCGUGCCAUCGUUCAGCUCAGUCAUCCCGCGCACAUGCAGCUGGUGCUACGCAAGCGCAUCUGUGUGAACCUCACCGGACGACAGGGUUUUGCUCAAAGUCUGCUGAGGAGAAUGUCUCACCGCAGCUCUGUUCACAGCUGUGGAGUCACGUUUGAGAUCGUCUCGAAUAUCCCAGGGGACAUUCAGAGCUCUGAGGACCGAGAGAUGCUCGCUCGACUGGCUGCCAGCACCGAAAACCCAGGAGCCGAGAGUGAAGCCGCCAUCGAGAAAUACCUGCGGAGUGUGUUAGCGGUGGACAACAUCCUCACGCUGGACCGUCUCAGACAGGAGGUUUCGGUGAGGGAGCAUUUGAAAGAUAAAGGAAAGCUUCCCAAACGCUGCCUCAGUUCAUCCAGUGUCCACCGGCUCUCUGGCAGUAGGAAAGAUCUGUCCAGCAGCCAAGACUCAGAAGACAAUAAAAGUGGCUGGGACGGUCGGCAGGAGAUUUCUACACCAAAAUCAGCCACAAAGAGUGCAUCUCACUCAGCGUCAGUAGAAAAUCAAAAAUCAGAGCCAGGUAACUGUCCUCAUCCUCUUCUGCUGUCCACGUUUCACUUCACAGGUCUCUCAGGAUUUGCUGCAUCUUAUUUCUCCCCAGUGAAAGCUAUAGUAUCUCCAGUACCCAAGAUGUUCAAGACUCUGUUGUCCAAAAAAGAGGAGAAGAAAGAGACGGCGCCUCCUGGUGUCUGUGAGCAGAACCUGCCCCGUAUAAUUGUGCAAUCUGCCAGUCUUGAAGACAUCAACAGCUAUGAACUGGCUCCACAGGGUCCAUCAAAAGAAACCACUCAAGAAUCAGAAUCUACUUCCUUUGUGCCCAUUUUUCCGGUUAUUCCUGAUAAAGUAAAGAUCACUAAAGCAUCCACCAUAUCCUCAGAAACCAUGUCUGACAUCCAGAUAAGCCAUGCAAUGGAAACUCCAAAUUCAGAAAAUGAGGAGGAGAUUCUACUUCCUAAAGAAGUUACACCUCUUUCUGUUCCUCCAGUGGUUGAGGAAGUUCUACCUUCUAAUCUUUCUCCAGAGGUUGAGGUUCCUCCUCUUAAUUCUCCUUCAGAUGCUGAGGAGGUUCUACCUCGAUCUGUUCCUCCAGUAGAUGAGGUUGAGGUUCCACCUCCUAAUUCUACCUCGGAUGCUGAGGAGGUUCUACCUCAAUCUGUUCCUCCAGGAGGUGAGGUUGAGUUUCUACUUUCAUCUGUUCCUCCAGAGGUUGAGGUUCCCCCUCCUAAUUCUACCUUGGAUGCUGAGGAGGUUCUACCUGCAUUUGUUCCUCCAGUAGAUGAGGAAGUUCCAGCUCCUAAUCCUCCUUUAGAGGCUGAGGAGGUUCUACCGUUAUCUGUUUGUCCAGAUGAUGAGGAAGUUCUAUCUCCACCUGUUUCUACAGAGGUCAGAGAGGCUCCACCUCUUUCUGUUUCUCCAGGGCUCAAAGAGUCUCUAUCUCCUAUUCCUCCAUUGGAGAUUGAGGAGAUUUCACCUCCUGCUCCUGUAGAGGUUGAAGACCCCAAGCAAAGUCCAGUUGGUGAUUCAUCAAACAGCUCCCUCAGCGAUGUCUCAAGUGGAUACAUCUCCACAAGUCUCUCCAUAGUGACUCUCUCAGAGGCCUUGAAUGUUGAUCCUCCUCUCAUCGACAGCACAGAGGCCAAAAUAGACUCUUCUUCCAAAAAGAGUGAACCAAAAACAGAGUUUGUGCCAACAAGCAGCACAUCCCCGGAGCAUCAGUCAAAACGUGAACCAGCCGACCUAGAACUUGGAGAACAGCCACCUACUGAAUCCCAGACAUCAGAAGAACAUGGUCAAGUGUCUCUUCUAGAUACAUCUCCUGGAAAACUCCUCAGUGUUUCUGAUUCCUUACCUCAAGAAGCCUCUGGAGCCAACGUCUCUUCAUCUGGCCAAUCAUCUUGUUCAGCCCCAUUAUCUACACCAUUAGCACCACCAGUUGCCUCAAAAACAGCUGAUCCAUCAGUACCAGUAAAGCAAGCUAAGCCAUUAGUGCCUACCAAACAAUCAAGACCUGAACAAAACGUCAAACUCACUCCUGCUCCCACCUCCAACCCUUUCCAAAUCCACAGAGUCAAGACCUCUGGCCUAAAGUCUUUCAAAGGGAUCCUGAAUGAAGAAGAGGAAGAGGGUAAAACUAAACAAAUUAACGUUUCAUCUGCACUGAGCGAGUCUCAAGAAAGACUGGAGAUCAUUUCUGAUUCAGAGGAAAGUCUUGAGACUCCCGACUGGCUGAAGGAGGGGGAAUACGUCACUGUGGGCACCAAUAAAACUGGAACCGUUCGUUACGUAGGACCAACUGACUUUGCAAAGGGUGUUUGGGUUGGAGUGGAACUUGAUGUUCCAGCAGGUAAAAACGAUGGUUCGGUUGGCGGUCGCCAUUACUUCCACUGCAACCCUGGUUACGGGGUUCUUGUGAGAGCAAAUCGGGUCGUGAAAGCGUCGGGUACCGCUAAACGGUUGAGGCAGAAACACAAGCAGAACCUCUCGGGAUCUAGUCCCAACCUGGCAGCCCUUACAGCGAUGGCCAAAGGAGAAGCUGGAGCACGCAAGGGUGAAAACAGGAAGUCUUGGGUUAGCUGAGGGAAAUGCAUCAUUGUUGAUGGACGUGUACGGAGGACAGUAUUGGUAUGGCACUGAAACACUACACUAAUACUUGCAGGGAUGUAACUGCCACCUGAUUUACUCAAAUCUACACUACAUAGUGCCUUCCUAGUGUUCGAAAAGCCCAUUUUAGAAAUGUAUUUUCAGCCUCGGUAAGCAGUAUUUUUGGUAUUAUUCGUUUUUUUAAUGGUUUUAAUAUCACAAAGUGCCCUGUUUAUCUGAACCCAAUGUCAGGGAGUAUGUGCAUGUGGUUGUUCCUUAGAAAAAUCAGGACACUGAUGGAUUCAUUUCAUGAUUUUAUAUACAGUAGGAAGGCGAGAUGGGUUUUACCUAUGGAGAUUAAAAGCUCCAGACUGUUUUAUUCAUUAAGGAUUGUUUUAACUGUUAUUAUGGUGAGAUAAUUCUGCAUUUUCUCUUGGUUUGGUACCUUUGUAUUAUUAUUAACUUUCUUCUUGGAACGAGUAAUUUAUGAUCAAAUUGUUAUUUGUUUAUUUAUUUUGCAGAUCAAAGUAAUGACAAAAAUGAAUUAUGAAGAUUUUAUAUCGCAAUGGUGAGAGUAAUAAACUUUAUUAUUUUA